CCCUAACCCUAGAAAAAUGGAAUGCCGCUGGCACUGCUUUGCCGCGCUGGGCUAUGGUGGAGGCGAUCACGCCAGGACGAGCGGCAGCGGGCAGCUCGCCAGGAUGAGAUUUGUGAGGGGGAGGAGGGCCGAUCGAUCUCUCUCCAGCCACCAGCAGCAACAGCAGCAGCAGCAGCAGCAGCAGCAGCAACCGGCCGUGAUGAGGAUUCUCCACGAGCUCCAAGACAAGAAGAGCAGCAAGAGCCACGUCCUGGACAAGUACGCGAGGCACAUUCCCGUGGAUGGAUUCAUGGCGCUGGUGGACGAGAUUGGCAGGCUCAACGACUGGGCGCUGGCGCUCGCGCUCUUCAAGUGGCUGCAAAAGAAUGAGGCGCGGCUGAGCAACCGGGACCUUGAGGUGGCGCACGCCAAGAUCAUCGACACCAUGGGCAAGCAGGGGCAGCUGCGGCUGGCGUCGUGGAUCUUCUCGCAGCUCCAGCUCUCGUCCAGGACCACGCCGGUGUUGAAUGCCAUCAUCAUGGCUCACCUGAGGUGCAAGAACGUUGCGCGAGCGCUGGACAGCGCGCUGGAUCACUUCGGCCACAUGAAGACGAGCGUCCACUCGUGCCCGAGCCUCGCCACGUACAACAUGCUCACCCGGGCGUGUGCGCAGGCCGGGCUCACGGACAAGGCCGAGGCGCUCUUCCUGGAGCUCCUGCGCCGAGAAGAUCUCAAGCCCGACGCCUACACUUUCAACGGGAUCAUGGACGCCUACGCCAAGAAGGGGCUGUACCGCGACAUGGAGUACAAGCUCAAGGAGAUGAGCGAGCAUGGCGUGAGGCCGGACCUUGUCACCUUCAACGUCCUCAUCGAUGCUUACGGCCGGGCGGGAGACUUUGUCAAGAUGGAGCGGACUUACAAGUCGCUCGUCAACUUGUCCGGGUGCAAGCCCUCGGCCACCACUUUCAACUCGAUGCUGGCGAGCUACGGGCAGUCGCGGGAGCUGGGAAAGAUGGAGCAAGUGCUGGUGAGGAUGGACAUGGCGGGCCUCGGCCCCGACCUGACCACCUUCAACACGCUCAUGAGCUCCUACGGCCGGGCUGGGGAGCUGGACACGAUGCGAAAGUGCUUCGACAAGAUGGUGCGGUCGCCCGUCAAGCCGCAGGUGUCCACCUUGGACGUGCUGCUGCGGGCCUACGCUGAGCACGGCCUGGUGGACGAGGCCGAGGCGCUGUUCAUCAACGCGUCCAAGCUCGACAUCAAGCCCGCCGUGUCCUCGUACCUCAUACUGUUCAAGGCCUAUGGGGAGGAGCGGCAGCUGGACAAGAUGACAGUGCUUAUGUCCAAGAUGGAGCAAAGCGGAGUGGAGUCGGGUCAAGAGUUUUUGCUGCAAGCACUAGAAUCUUAUGCGGCCACGCCUCAUCCCACUACUGCUCCUCCGGUGAUCGAAGAUAGAGAUGAUAAUCAAUCAAACCUCUAAGUGUAUCAUAUGUUCCAACGUCACAUUCCAUAAAAUCCCGGUGAUCAUGUCCAUA